AUGGAUGGUUCCUCUGGACUGCUCUUCCCCUUUUUUGACAAUGACACAAAUAUGAUGUACUUGGUGGGAAAGGGAGAAGGGAAUAUUCGAUAUUAUGAAAUCAUUCCUCAGAAGCCUUACUUUCAAUACUUGAAUGAAUAUCGUUCCAACUUACCUCAAAAAGGAAUUGGUGCUUUGCCAAAGAGGGGACUUGAUGUAUCCACCUGUGAAGUGUUUAGAUUCUAUAGACUGAUUACUGUAAAAGGACUGAUCGAACCUGUUUCAAUGAUUGUGCCUAGACGGUCAGAAUCGUUCCAGGAGGACAUUUACCCAUUGACAGCUGGAACACAGCCAGCCCUCACUGCACAUGAAUGGCUGAGUGGAAUUAAUAGAGGUCCUAUUCUGAUAUCCUUAAAGCCUGGUGUGAAAACGUCUCAGACAGAUGUACCCAGUGAGGAGCCCAGAUUGCCGGCUAAAGAGCCAAAGAAAAUAUAUGAGGAAAAGGCUCCCACAAAGACACUCUGGGAAAUAGAAUACAAGACAGAGAUUAUCAGAGAAGACAGAGCAAAGAAGAGGGGCACAGAAAGAAGACUAGAAUCUAGGAACUCCUUUAUUGCCAAUGGAUUGGACUUGUUUGAAUGUCCUCCACCUAAGACAGAAAACGAGUUAUUGCAAAUGUUCUACAAACAACAGGAAGAAAUCCGCAGAUUACGGGAACAAUUGACCCAAAGAGAUAUUCAGAUUCGACAGCUCGAAUUGGAAAUCAAAAACGUCCGCAACAGCGCAGCCCCCUACUGA